GUAUCAAAGCAGGAGGAAUUCUUCAACCUCUCGCACUGCCAGCUGGUGACCCUGAUCAGCCGGGACGAGCUGAACGUCCGCUGCGAGUCGGAGGUUUUCCACGCCUGCAUCAACUGGGUGAAACACGACUGUCCCAACCGCCGCCUUUACGUCCAGGCUCUGCUCCGCGCCGUCCGCUGCCAUUCCCUCACCCCCCACUUCCUCCAGAUGCAACUCCAGAAAUGCGAAAUCCUCCGCUCCGAUUCCCGGUCCAAGGAUUACCUGGCGCAAAUUUUUCAGGAUUUGACCCUUCAUAAACCCACCCAGGUCUUACCCUGCCGUACCCCCAAAGUGGGGCAGCUCAUUUACACGGCCGGCGGAUAUUAUCGUCAGUCUUUGAGUUAUUUGGAAGCUUACAACCCCCGGGACGGAUCGUGGAUCCGUUUAGCCGAUCUUCAGGUUCCUCGGAGCGGUUUGGGGGGUUGCGUGGUGGGGGGGCUUUUUUACGCUGUGGGGGGACGGAAUAAUUCCCCCGACGGGAACACGGACUCGGCCGCCAUCGAUUGUUAUAACCCCAUGACCGACCAGUGGUCCCCCUGCGCCCCCAUGAGCGUCCCCCGCAAUCGCAUCGGGGUGGGGGUCAUCGACGGCAUGAUUUACGCCGUGGGGGGGUCGCACGGAUGCAUCCAUCAUAGCAGCGUGGAGAGGUAAGGGGGCGGCGGCGGGGGGGGGGGGGAAGGGGCUGGAGGUGAAUUGGGGUGAUAACACAAGCAC